AUGAAGUCAGUCCAGUUUUUCUUUCUCUUCUGUUGCUGGAAAGCAAUGUGCUGCAAUAGCUGUGAGCUGAUCAAUAUCACCAUCACCGUGGAGAAGGAGGAAUGUCACUUCUGCCUCAGCAUCAACACCACUUGGUGUGCGGGCUACUGCUACAACAAGGAUCUGGUGUACAAGGAUGGACUCAGGCACAAUAUCCAGAAAAUAUGUACAUUCAAGGAGCUGGUGUAUGAGACGGUCAAAAUGCCUGGCUGUGCUAACCAUGCAGACUCCAUGUACUCGUACCCAGUAGCCACCGAAUGUCACUGUGGCUCAUGUGAAAAAGACAGUACUGACUGCACCAUUAAAGGCCUGGGGCCCAGCUUCUGCUCCUUCAGGAAAAUAAAAGAAUAA